AUGAGCACUACGCUUUCGUCGAACUCUCUUGAAGGCAGCGAUGAAAAGGAUUGUUACACCGCGAGCUUUGCUCACGAUUCCGACGAGUGUUACCUCGAGGAUGACCUAUUCGACUCCCCAGCUUCCAGAGGCCUAGCUACCUCGCGGUCGAUAUUUGGCGACGACCUCUGCGCGAGCUGUUCCUGGAGAGUUGCUGACAUGGCAUGCGAUCCCGUCUGGGUUGACGACGCGCGUUUGCGAAUCAAGGAAGCGGCUCUGGCGGUCGUCGAGGCGCAGCAGGCGGCAGAGGAGCUGAGCGCGCGAGCGGACUCGGCGCAUUACGAAUCUGAGCGGCCGACUUCUUACUCCGCCAACGCCUCUCUCCGUUUCAGUCGCAGCGAGCCGUCUCCAGCAGCCACGACAACUCAAGACGCCGCAGAAGCUCCCGCGCCUCGGGGCAAGACCCGCAGCGCGUGGUUCUCAAUUGGCCGAUCCAGCGAUUCUGAGCAGCGCGAUGGGGAUCGAAGCAGCACGGCGGGGAACCAUAGUAGCACGCGGCGGCUGGCUCAGAUCCGUAAGGUGAACAGCGAGCUCCGCAUUUGCGUGGGGACUGUGGCGAAGUUGUGGAGCCGUAAUUCCUCGAACUAA